UUGAUUGUGAUUUUCAUGAUCUUGUGUCUAAUUAGACCCUCUCCAGGAUCUAGAAAACGCCAGACUCCUCAGUACAGUGACCCCAAACCACAUGGUAACCGUCCAGGUACAACUGUCCGAGUUCACCGUCCCUCUGCACACAAUCUUCACAAUGAUAGAGGGAAGGCUCUUCGUUGUCGGGAAAAGAAAGAGCAGAAUAAAGGAAGAGAGGAAAAGAACAAAUCACCUGCUGCAGUUACAGAACCAGAGACAAAUAAAUUUGAUAGCACUGGAUAUGAUAAGGACUUAGUAGAAGCUUUGGAGAGAGAUAUAAUUUCUCAGAACCCCAAUGUUCGAUGGGAUGAUAUUGCUGAUUUAGUAGAAGCUAAAAAGUUGCUUAAGGAAGCUGUGGUAUUACCAAUGUGGAUGCCAGAAUUCUUUAAGGGCAUUAGGAGACCAUGGAAGGGAGUGUUGAUGGUUGGCCCUCCUGGCACGGGAAAGACCCUCCUUGCCAAAGCAGUAGCUACAGAGUGCAAGACAACAUUUUUCAAUGUCUCUUCAUCAACUCUGACUUCCAAAUACAGAGGAGAGUCUGAGAAGCUUGUUCGUCUCCUGUUCGAAAUGGCUCGAUUUUAUUCUCCAGCUACCAUAUUUAUUGAUGAGAUAGAUUCCAUUUGUAGUCGCAGAGGGACGUCUGAAGAGCACGAAGCAAGCAGAAGGGUGAAAGCUGAGCUGCUGGUUCAGAUGGAUGGUGUUGGAGGUGCUUCUGAAAAUGAUGACCCUUCCAAAAUGGUUAUGGUUCUGGCAGCUACUAAUUUCCCCUGGGAUAUUGAUGAGGCUUUAAGACGUCGUCUUGAAAAAAGAAUCUAUAUUCCCUUACCUUCAGCAAAAGGCAGAGAGGAGCUAUUACGAAUAAGUCUACGUGAGCUGGAAUUGGCUGAUGAUGUUAACCUUGCAAGUAUAGCAGAAAACAUGGAAGGUUAUUCAGGUGCGGACAUUACCAAUGUGUGCAGGGAUGCAUCCUUGAUGGCAAUGAGAAGGCGUAUUGAAGGUUUGACCCCAGAAGAAAUUAGGAAUCUUUCAAGAGAAGAAAUGCACAUGCCUACAACUAUGGAAGACUUUGAAAUGGCUUUAAAAAAGGUUUCUAAGUCAGUAUCUGCUGCAGACAUUGAAAGAUAUGAGAAAUGGAUAUUUGAGUUUGGAUCAUGCUAAAUUCUCACAUGUAAUCUGAGAAACCUGCCUUGUUUGAAUAACAAUUAAAUGUAGUAUUUCAUUGUACCGAGUGCUAUAUUUUUUUAAACUUUCAUAAUGGUAAGAUAAAAAAAAACCAU